AUGGGCUCCUCAGUUCUAUCUGGUGACGCCACCGCCGGAAUCGCCAUUGGCAUAAUAAUUACCUUCCUCAUCAUCGUGUUCGCUAUCCAAAUCUUGGCCAAUAUCCGGUCACGCCGCCAAAAUACUCUUGGCGCGGGUCAUUUCACGAAACCGCCAAUGGCACCCCCUGCCAAGAUCUCCACGCUCAGCGUCAAAGCCGCUGUUGUCAAGCCCAGCAUACCGGGAGAUAUAGGCAGCGGUAAGGGUGCUGGCGAGCUGCGCUGGAUCCCAGCCGAUAAAUCGGCUGUACCUAAAGACACCAUCACCGAAGUCAUAGACCAUUGA